AUGCGUCUUCACGGCUCAAUGGUGUACCACAGUCUGCAGCUGGUGGCCUUCACGGUCUUAGCCGUCCUCAUCAUGCGACUGAAGCUCUUCCUCACGCCCCACAUGUGCAUCAUGGCCUCACUCAUCUGCUCCAAACAGCUGUUUGGCUGGAUCGGGGAGAAGUUCAAACACCAGGCUGUCGUGUUUGUAAUCUUAGCCAUCAUGGCCAUACAAGGUGUAGCCAACCUGCAGGCUCAGUGGGCCGUCAUCGGAGAGUUCAGCAACCUGCCACAGGAGGAGCUGCUGGACUGGAUCCAGGAAAACUCCCAGCCUGAUUCUGUGUUUGCUGACGCCAUGCCCACCAUGGCUAGCGUGAAGCUUUCGACAGGUCGGCCCAUAGUCAACCACCCCCACUAUGAAGACGCUGGUCUCAGGACAAGUUACGGUAACACUUUAUAUUAA